AUGGACAACGUAAUUCAAGAUGAAUUGCAAUUAUUAUAUGAAAUGUUUCCCGGUGAAUUCAAAGUUGACUUUGAUUCAAAUCAAUAUACAGUCACUUUUGUAGUAACUCCUGGAGUAGGAUUUAAUAAUUCCGCAAACACGUUUAUAAAAUUUAACCUAAACUUGAGUGUUACUUUGAAGUAUCCGAUAGAGUCACCUACAAUCUCUGUAGAAUGUGUUCAUGGUCUGAAAGAAAAGGAUAUUGCAAAAUUAUUAUCUCUUCUAAAAGAUUUAACUUUGGAACGAAACGGCGAUCCAGUUAUUUUUGAUCUUGUGGAUUUUUGUCGUGAAUUUAUUUCAUCCAACAUCCCAACUGUUGAGUGUGCAAUAUGCUUGAAUUGCUUCCAAAAUGAAAGUGAUGUCUAUUGUACAACAAAUUUUCAUUAUUUUCAUACAUACUGUAUUGGUGAGUAUAUGAAUCGUAGACGAGUAGAAUAUGAAGAAGAAAUAAGCGAAUUAAAAACCAAGUGCCCGUACACUGAAUUUCCGCCACUUGAAACUGCUGUGACAUUCCUAUUGCAUUCUACGUCAGGAAGACUUACUGGAGCCAUAUUUACCUGAUUGGAAUUAUUAAUUAUCUAUAAUUGUGGGUAUUUUGGUACCAAGCGCAACGGAACACGCAACAGCCAACUGAUUUAAGUAACAUCCCUGAACUUUUAUUUUGAGUUAAUAAUUCAUAAGUUGUUUAUUGUUACAUUAACUUUUGGGCGUAAUAACUUGAUUGCUAUUCCUUUUUGGUUAAUAUAGCUUUUGGUCCUCCACAGGUCGGGUUUACAACGCGUCGGUGAGAGAAGUUCUGCUGUAUGCUUGUGAAACCUGGCCUCUCCGAGUUGAGGAUGUCAGACGACUCUCUAUUUUUGGUCAUUGUUGUCUCUGAAGGAUUUCUAACAUUCAGUGGCAACACUAUGUUAGUAAUGCAGAGGUUCAGCAUCGUGUGUUCGUGCACAGCGAAGAUAAUUCGAUUGGUGUCACCAUCUUGAAGCGUCGACUUCGGCGGCUUGUACAUGUUCUACGAAUAUCAUUUCAGAGAGUUCCACGUCGUGUAUUAUUUGCUGAUGCUGG